AUGCGGUUCUCUUUCGUGUCGGCUGCGCUCCUGGCGCUCAGCUCGGUGGCCAACGCCCUCACCUACAAAGGCGUGGACUGGUCGUCCGUCCUGGUGGAGGAACGGGCGGGGAUCCGCUACAGGAGCAACGGCCACGAGCAGCCGCUGGAGAACAUCCUCGCCGCGAACGGCGUCAACUCGGUGCGGCAGCGGGUAUGGGUGAACCCCUGGAACGGGGAGUACAACCUCGACUACAACCUCCAGCUGGCGCGGCGCGCCCGGACCCGCGGCCUCGGCAUCUACCUGACCCUGCACUUCAGCGACACGUGGGCGGACCCGGGCCAGCAGCGCAUCCCCUCCGGGUGGCCGACGGACAUCGACAACCUCUCGUGGCGGCUGUACAACUACACCCUGGAGAUCUCCAACGCCUUCCAGGCGGCCGGCGUGCAGCCGCAGAUCAUCUCGAUCGGGAACGAGAUCCGCUCGGGCCUGCUCUUCCCCACGGGCCGCACGUCGCAGUUCCACAACAUCGCGCGCCUGCUGGAUUCCGCGUCCUGGGGCAUCCGCGACUCGCGCCUGGACCCGCAACCCAAGAUCAUGGUCCACCUCGACAACGGCUGGGACUGGGGCGCGCAGGAGUGGUGGUACGACAACGUCCUCGCCGCGGGGCCCCUCCAGCUGUCCGAGAUCGACAUGAUGGGCGUCUCGUACUACCCCUUCUACGGCGACGGCGCCACGCUGUCGUCCCUGCAGAGCACGCUGCGCAACAUGGCGAACCGCUGGGGCAAGGAGAUGGUCGUCGCCGAGAUCAACUGGCCUCAUUCGUGCCCUUCGCCCGCGUACCCUUUCCCCGGCGACCUCAGGGGCAUUCCCUUCUCGGCACAGGGCCAGGCGGACUUUAUCCGCCGCGUGGCGAACGUGGUGGAGAGCACCCCGCGCGGUGUAGGGCUGUAUUACUGGGAGCCGGCUUGGAUGAACAACCAGGCUCUGGGGUCGUCGUGCCAGUCCAACACUCUGUUUUCUUGGCCGGGAGACGCGCUCUCUAGUCUUUCUGUUUUCCAUCAGAUUUAG